CAAGCGUUCGUGCUUACAAAUAAAUUAUACAUUAAUACAUUUUCUUAGUGCUAUCUUUACUUUAUUUUAUAUGUUUAAAGCCAUAUUAAUAAUAAUUUAAUAAUAAGAACGAUUUUAGUAUUAUUUAUCAAUACAUUUUAUAAAUUAAAAAAAUGGCACCUGUUAAAAAAAGAAAGGCAGAGCCUAAACCAGUAAAACCAGAAACAUCAAAAAAGAAGAAAGGAGCAUCUAGCGCAAGUGAUCCAGCAACAAAUGUUUCUGAUUGGACGUUAUCAAAGUUACCAUUGCAAGGAGAGUGGCAUGAUGCUCUAUCUCAAGAAUUUGGAAAAGAUUAUUUUAUUAAGCUUGAGAAACAGAUAAAAGAAGAAAUUAAUAAUGGUCAUGAAGUAUUUCCACCUAGCAACUUGGUUUUUAAUGCACUUAAUUCAACUCCUCUCAGUAAAGUGAAAGUUGUUUUGCUGGGACAAGAUCCAUAUCAUGAUAAUGGCCAGGCUAUGGGACUAUCAUUUUCUGUACCUAAGGGGCUUCAAAUACCACCAUCAUUGAAAAAUAUAUAUACUGAGCUUUCUAGUGAUAUUCCAGGCUUUAAAAGUCCAGGACACGGUUGCCUACAAAAAUGGGCUGAAAAUGGUGUUCUUCUUUUAAAUGCUACACUUACAGUUAGGGCACAUAAUGCUAAUUCACAUAAACAGUUUGGGUGGCAGAAAUUCACAGAUCAAGUAAUUAAGGUUAUAUCAGAUAAAUGUAGUCAUGUUGUGUUUAUGCUUUGGGGAAACUUUGCUCAAAGCAAAGAAAAACUUAUUGAUCUUCAAAAGCACACUGUACUGAAAGACGCACAUCCUUCACCACUAAGUUUUGGUAAAUUUAAAGGUUGUAAAUGUUUUUCCAGAGCAAAUGAUGCCUUGAAAAAGAAGGGCAUGGAGGAGAUUGAUUGGAAGUUGGAGUAAAGACAAAGUUGAAUUUAAUUUUUUGUUUACAUUCUUUAAAUACUUAUGUCAAAACAAUUUUUUAUAAAAUGUUUUACUUAAAAUUUUACCCUGAUCCAGAUAAUGUUUUGUCUACAAUAUUUUUCAAUUCUGUAUACUAUAUCUUCAAUGUAUAGCAUGUUAGUUUUUGUCAUUGCAAAAUAUAACUAAUGGAAAAGCUUCAGAGCUUUUGGAGUCAGAUUAUCUUUUAUGUUUUACAUAUUUCAUAAAUAAAACCUUUAUUCCAUA